CAUGACAUCUGGAAAGUUUGAUAAUAUAAAUAUGAACAACUGGAAACAGAUGGAUAAUGAGGGGCUCAUCUCCUACUACAUGUCUUCCUGCUUUAAGAAAAUGCAAAGUCUGCUUUUACUACCUGGUAAUAUUUUUAAAAGGGCUUGCUGUAUCACAGAGGAAGUUGAUAAUAAAGGAACAGAAUUCUUCUGUUCCCUGUGGGGCUAGGAUUUAUUCACACAGGGUGGAGUUCAUUUCUUUUCUUCUUGGAAGCUGAAUAGCAGAAAGGGGCAUUCAGCUUUUCCUGAUAAAGGGGGAUCACAUGGAUGCAAAUCAGCCAUGAGACCUCUCAUCUGGAAGGAUCUGUCAUGGAGGUUACAUCCAUUUUACUUAGACUACAAGACAAAGAUUUCUUGAAAAUUGAGAUCUUCAGUUUUCUGGACAAGAUGCCCUUGCUAAGCUCCAGCAAGUUGAGCGUGGAGAGCAGAAAAGAAGAUGGUGAAGGCACAGCACCUGCCCCUCCACAGAAGAAGCUGUCAUGUCAGUGCCACCACCAUUGUCCUGAGGACUCAGUCAACAGCACCUGCAGCACUGAUGGCUACUGCUUCACCAUAAUAGAAGAAGAUGAUUCUGGUGGACAUUUGGUCACCAAAGGAUGUCUAGGAUUAGAAGGCUCGGACUUCCAGUGUCGGGACACUCCUAUUCCACACCAAAGAAGAUCUAUUGAAUGUUGCACAGGCCAAGAUUACUGUAACAAACAUCUUCACCCGACACUGCCUCCACUGAAAAAUCGAGAUUUUGCUGAAGGAAACAUUCACCAUAAGGCCCUGCUGAUCUCAGUGACUGUCUGUAGUAUACUUCUGGUGCUUAUCAUCAUAUUCUGCUACUUCAGGUAUAAGCGGCAAGAGGCCAGGCCCCGCUACAGCAUUGGACUGGAGCAGGAUGAGACCUACAUUCCCCCUGGAGAGUCCCUGAAGGAUCUGAUUGAGCAGUCCCAGAGCUCCGGCAGCGGCUCCGGGCUCCCUCUCCUGGUUCAGAGGACCAUAGCAAAACAGAUUCAGAUGGUAAAACAGAUUGGAAAAGGUCGCUAUGGGGAAGUCUGGAUGGGAAAGUGGCGUGGCGAAAAGGUAGCUGUCAAAGUGUUUUUUACCACAGAAGAGGCCAGCUGGUUCAGAGAAACAGAAAUCUACCAAACUGUCCUGAUGAGGCAUGAAAAUAUUCUCGGAUUCAUUGCAGCAGACAUUAAAGGCACAGGCUCUUGGACCCAACUGUAUCUGAUCACUGACUAUCAUGAGAAUGGCUCCCUUUAUGAUUAUCUAAAAUCAACCACCCUGGACACAAAAGGCAUGCUAAAACUGGCUUACUCCUCUGUUAGUGGCUUGUGCCACCUACAUACGGAGAUCUUCAGUACCCAAGGCAAACCAGCUAUUGCCCACCGUGAUCUAAAAAGUAAGAACAUCCUGGUGAAAAAGAAUGGAACCUGCUGUAUAGCAGAUUUGGGCUUGGCUGUUAAAUUUAUUAGUGAUACAAAUGAGGUAGACAUCCCUCCAAACACCCGCGUGGGAACAAAACGCUAUAUGCCUCCUGAGGUGCUGGAUGAAAGCUUGAACAGAAAUCACUUUCAGUCGUAUAUCAUGGCUGAUAUGUACAGCUUUGGACUCAUCCUUUGGGAGAUAGCCAGGAGAUGUGUGUCAGGAGGAAUAGUGGAAGAAUACCAGCUUCCAUAUCACGACCUUGUGCCCAGUGACCCCUCCUAUGAGGACAUGCGGGAGAUUGUGUGCAUCAAAAGACUACGUCCUUCAUUCCCCAACAGAUGGAGCAGCGAUGAGUGCCUGCGGCAAAUGGGGAAGCUCAUGAUGGAAUGCUGGGCCCAUAGCCCUGCGUCCCGACUCACAGCCCUACGAGUCAAGAAAACACUUGCCAAAAUGUCAGAGUCUCAGGACAUUAAGCUCUGAUGAAGCAAAAACAGCUCCUUCUCAUGAAGACCCUUGGAAACAGACUUUCUCUUGCAGGCAGAAGUCAUGGAGAGAUGCUGAUAAGUACCCUGAUUGCAGUCGUAUUUAAGAGCAACUGUUUGUUUGACAGCUUUGAGGAGAUAAUUCUUAGCAAAAUCAGCUGAAUUUUGGCAUGCAAGGCUGGGAGAGGCUUAUCUGCCCUUGUUUACACAGGGAUAUACAGUUUUAGUAACUGGUUUAAGAUUAUGCAUGUUGCUUUCCAUGAAAGCCACUUAUUAUUUUAUUAUUAUUAUUAUUAUUAUUAUUUUGAUUGUUUUAAAAGAUACUGCUUUAAAUUUUAUGAAAAUAAAACCUUUGGUUAGAAGUUAAAAGGAUGUAUAUUGUUACAUUAAAAAAAAAAAGGAUGAAACUGUGCUGAUGAUGGAAGCAAAGCGACUUUCUCAUUUAUAAUGAAACUCUUGCACUCCAGCAUUUAGAAAAAGAGAGGGUCUGAGCAUCUCGGAGAAGCUGCAGUGGAAAUCAUGCUGAAAGCCACUUCCCUGGCUUUGUCCCACAGCCCUGUGCACGUUGGGGAUUGUCCUGCCGCAGACAGAGCCUGGUUAUGUCCCUACUGUCAUAAAUGUGGAGGCAGAAUUCUUGUGAGUGCCUGCCCCCAGGGAGGUUGCAUCUCAUUUAGGAUCACCCGAAGCUGUUAGGACACAGCUCCAGCAUGUUGCUGCAACACCUCAUGUCAGCUGUCAUCUCAGUGAGGGUCUGGUUCUUAGCGUUCAUCCCAAAACCCCUCUUCACUCCUAGCAUCACCAGGCACCAGUUGGAAUGCUGCAGCAGGUGUAAAUUUAAGACCAUAUUUUUAGGGUACCAGACGUUGAUGAGCAUUUUGACAUGAAAUUAUGACUGUUUUUGAUGGCUUUUCAGCAACCUUGUAGCCUGCACACGACGAGAGUUUCCACCACCAAGCUGAGACUGUGUAGCAUCUCACUGGUAAGAGUUUUUGGAAGAGAAGAGCCUCAGGCAACACAGUUAUCUCUGUCUUUUCCUCCAUUCUACAGCUGCAGCAAUUACUGCCAUGUAAAAACUAAAGAGGGAAUGAGAGGUAACAGGAGAACUAAAUUUUCCCUAUGAAGUAUUUUUCUGUGGAAAGGUCUCUGUUCUUCACCAGAUUAUCAAAGCUGAGCUGUAUGGGAGCUACCAUUGUACACUUAAUUAUUAUUAUUAUUUUUUUUUGCCCUCCUGUGUCCUGUUUCACAUGGUAGUGUUCAGUUUAAUUUUGGAAAAGAUCUUUACAAAUACUGCUUUGAUUAUGCUAAAACUAUUUCAGAAGUAAAAUAAUUGCCAUGUUGGAUUUAUCCUUAGCAUUUAUGCAAUGCUUUUUUUUUUUUUUUUUUUUUUCCUUUUUGGACAAAACUGAUUUAUCUAUAGUAGGUAGGUAAGUAUAAUUGGGGUUUAGCUUCAAGGAUCCCCGAAGGUAUUUCUAGUUUGAAAAAUUACCAUUUAAUUCUUUCAAGCUAAUGGAGAAAAAUGUGUAAGGUUCAAGAGAAACAGCGAGACUUGCAUGAUUAUGGGUGUUAAAGUUUAAUCAGGGGAUUUUCAUUAAUUAGAGUGGUGGGGUUUUUUUUUGUUUUGUUUUUGCUUUGCAGUUUCCCUGCCUGUAUCCAAAAAUACCAAGCAACACGAAAAGAAAAUCUCCGCAAAUUAACAGUAAGCCAAAUCCUGCCCCAGAGGGGGAAUGCUGGUUUCCACUGUCUUUAAUAAAUAGAAUACUUGCAGCAAUGAGGCCUGAGUUUGCUGCUCUCUUUGAGUGCUUUUAUUUGAAGAUUUGUGGACAAAAAUAGUACCUUUUUGUCUUAGAGACUUGACUCAUAGGGUUUCCAUUAAUUUUCAUUAAUUAAUUUUACCUUUUGCCUUUGCGCCCUUUCCCUUAUGAAACAAACCCGAUCUCAAAAGGGCUUGGAUUUCUUUGAUCUGACAAAGAGAAUGGGAAAUGCUAAUGGCCAGGGUUGGUCCUGCUAUGGCUGGUGAGGGGGUAAAACUCAUGGAAACAGGGACGUUGUUCUGAUUUUCAUAACAGUAGGUGGUGGACUUGGUUGGUCCCACACAUGGCACGUGCAAGCUCAGUCCUUGCAGGUCCUGGGUAAGCAGUCACUCAGCAGGAAGCCUCUCUCCUGCUCUGUUGUAUUUUCCUCAAAUACAAUUUUUUUUUUUUUUUUUAAACUUUAAUGAUGAUUUAUUUCUCUGAAAGUGUUUUGGAGGGGGUUUUGCUGGCUGGUGCCGCCUGCCAAUGGUUUACUGGACACAAUGGCUCUCCAAGAUAUGUGCUGUCAGUGUGCUGUGAAAGUGUGCUUGUUCUCUGAACAAGCUUGUUUUUUUUUCAGUCCAGAAGAAAUCUGAAAUACUGGUUGAUAGGUUACAUGAAGUGUCUAUGUUAAGUGUUCAAGUUAAUGUUUAGGGCUUUAUAUAUAUAUAUA